AUGGCGGCUGAGCGGAAUAUUCCAGAGCUUGGAGGCUAUGAUUUUGAGUUUAUUAGUGUAGUUCUCAAAGAUUUUGAAUGCCCUGUGUGUCAGCUAACAAUGAAAGAUCCCAUACAGAUUGGAGGAUGUGGCCAUAGACUUUGUAACAUUUGUUUGGAGAGCUUGUUUAGGUAAGGGCGGAUCAUUGUUUGUUGAAUCAAGUUACAACUGAAAAGAAUCAGCAUUAGUUACAAUCACCUAAGUUGAACGACGAUAUUGACUGGUUGAUUCACUUUCCAAGGGAAUUAUUGUGUGCCUCAGCCAUAUAUAAGUAACUGCUAGAUAGCUUUAUCCGGUACAAAACAAUUCAAACAGGUUCGAGUUUGGUGUGAGUACUUAAGAGUGCGACAAAUAUUUCAUCAAAUAGUUGUUGGCUGCCUUUUAGGUGACUUCGAUUGCCUCAGCACAAGUGCAUCUAACAGAGUCAUCGAAUAAUAUGAUCUUUUUCGUUUACUUUGUUAAACACGAAUCGACUUAAACUUAUUAUAAUUUGUCUUUCAAAUGCAAAUGUUAAUUAUAUGCAGCAGUUCCACCAUUAUGUUUCCUUACACAGCAGGGUAUGACCAAGGGUUGAAAAACGCCAAGACUUGCAAGUAAAUAAUAUACGCGAUGAACGAUUUUUUAAAGAUUUUGUUUGUUUUCUGAUUUUUUGUUUGUCUGUUGCUGCAGACAGCCUCUUUCACGUGACAAGGUAAUGAUAAAGCAUGUCUUCAUAAUUGUUGGUCACGCAAACUAGCGAUUCCACGUUCAGCUCGCGGGGAACUGAUCUUUACGUAUUUCAACUCAAAACUCGAAACGCAGUCUCAGUGAAAUGGGUGGCCUGUAAAAUGUCGAAUGGAGCAACGUGCCGACGUGCACGACGCAUAAAUUAUAACUGAUUAUGCAAUUGAAGCCAUGCAAUAUUUGUCACGCAUGAUACGGCUUCGUGGAAUUGCUCUCGCUGUAUAUGCUGUCCUUUCGGUGAGAGUUUGUUUGGCGCUGAAUUCUUGUCUAACCUUUAGGCUACUCGUUUUACAGUAAGUCAAAACAGCUCACAAGACGCUUACAUCCCCAAGUGUAACGUUGCGUAAAUUAAGUUUUUUAAGAUAGAUAGAUUCUUUAUUGAAAUACAUCGCAGCUCUAAGAGCUAAAUUACGUAUUUUUAUUAAAAUUCUAAUUGAAUGUACAAACUUACAAAUUGAAUAGUACCUAAUGAUAAGAGCUAAUGAUAGUAAUAUCUAAAAAAAUUUAAAAACUAUCAGCAUCGUAUUGAAAUCAUAUUGUUGAAAGUCUAAUAAUUUAAACAGUAUUCCCUAGGGCGCAUGAAGCCAUAAUAAAACUUUUCUUAAAUCUGUUUGUUUUACAGCGCGGUAUGAAGGAUCGUGCGUGCCUAAGAUUUUACUUGCUCUCAUGUAGGGGCGUCAGUAAUUUCCUGAGUUUAUGGCCGCUGUCAUUGAAAAUACUUUCAAACGUACGCUUGUAAAUAUCACUGUGAUCCUCUGCUACGGAUGGUAGGUUCGUUAGCGCUAACGCGUGCUGCUAUUCCAUGCCAAGGUAGAUGAUUCGCAUUGCCCUUUUCUGGACGCGCCCUUGUUCUUGCAUUAAUUAGGCAGGCAGAGCAUAAUGAAACACAGGUACAGCAUAAUCGAUAACGGAGUGCACACAUGUGCUGUAAAAAAGACAAAGAUCUUUCUGAGAAGCGUGGGCUCUUUUAAGCUGGAUGAGAAAAUAGAGCCUCUUAGCUUCCUUUUUUAUCACUUCUGUGAUAUGCGCGUUCCAAGAUAGAUCAGAACGGCAACGCGGCUGAAGCACGAGGAAUGAUUAUGAAAUAGUCGUCAAAAAUGAUCUUGUGUAUCUCAGGGCCAUACCAAAGCUGCCAAGUGAGUUGCGACCGUUGAAGAGUUAAGAAUUAAGAACAAAAUAUAAAAUAUAAGCAGAGCAAUGCAAGUGCUGCCUAUUAGGCGCUCAUGCACGCAAUCAAUCCCUUUGGUUUUCAGUGUACUGUACUCCACUGCUAGGAUUGAAAUUUUUCUUUGAGAAUUGUCUUUGACAUUUCCACGUUGGUUUCUUCAGCGGUAUCCUGAAUUGAUCCACAACUUGAAAGAAAUAGUACCACGGGUCUCCUAAUUCUUACCCUGUUUUACCAAUACUCCAUUAGCUUUAUUUAACUUUCGGUAGCGACAAUUUUCCCAAGAGUAUAAGGACAACAAUAAGGUCCUAUAAUGACAAUGUUACUUAUUGUAACAAAUGGCUUUGUAAUGUAAUCGAAAUAAGCUUUCAAGGGAGAGAUAAUACAAAGAUAACAUAGUAAUAUUCACCAAAGUUGACAAAUGUUUGAAUAGGUGAAGAAUUUGAUAGCUGAUAAAGAAACUACUUGCGAACCUAAAAGAAAUCUGCCAACAAUUUCAUUUUGUUUAACACAGUACGACAUCAGGAUUCUGAUGACUUUUCAACGCAACAGUAAUUCAUAUCUUUCCCCGCAUGGGACUGACUUGAGCUAUAUAGAUAUAAUAAGAAUCCCGUCGGUUAUUUGCGGCGAUCCUCUUCGCAUAUUUUUUGUCAAAACGGGUACGGAACUUUAACUGCCACAGAUGAAUGUUUUAAUUUUGGAAGCAGCUCAUUCUACUUUUUCGAAAUAAACGGUGUUUAACGCCUUGUCCUCACGUAGCGCUUUCCCCAUAACCAUAUCAUAGUCACAGCUUUCCCGUUCCAUGAAUAGGAACUUUAUCGCUUCCUCGGCGAGUACUUUCAAAAUAUAUCUGUAAAAGGAAAAUGAUCGGUUUAACCAUAAGUUCGAUCUCUCUCGAUCUGGCGUACACACAUCCUUACCGCUCUUUUGUUGCGUAUAGGCAAAGAACAACCUUUUGGACAGAAAACGAAUGACUUAACUUAACCUAACCUAAGAAACAUGGACAACUGAUUAUAUUUUACUGCUAGUUACAUAACGUUACGUAAUGAAAGGUGAUCACACUAAAUUCUUCGCACGUUAACAAUGCGUUACUAAGACUAAGUUCGGGUUGCAGUCAACACCAAAUCUUUGUUUUGUAUUCCAAGUAACAUCGAAUCCUUUCUUCCAAGUCUUGGUUUGCUCUAUAUCUGAGCUUAUCAGAGUUGCUCUUCCAAAAGAGUUGGUUUCGGUGUUUGAAGAAAAACUCGCACCACACCCUUCAGUUAUUAGAACUAACUACUGAUUCCGUAAUCUAUUCAACAAGCACAGAAAACGUACAUGUGAAGUAAGAUCGAUUUCAAGUCUUGCAUUCUAUUCCGUACGCUCAGAAAACACACAUGUCAAGUAAGUUUGCCUCAAGUUUCGCACAUUAUUUGGCACGCACAGAAAACGCACAUGUCAAAUAAGUUGAUUUCAACUCUCCCACUCUAUUCGGCCCGCUCAGAAAAUGCCUAUGUCGAAUAAAAUUGACUUCAAGUCUCGCACUCUCUUUAAGCACUCUUAGAAAAACGCAUAUGUCAAGUGUCAUUGCCUCAAAAUUUACGCUUUAUUCAGCAAGCACAGAAACACACAUGUCAAGCAAGAUUGACCACAAGUGUUGUGCUCUAUUCGGCACGUACACAAAACGUACAUGUUAAGUAAGGUAGACUUCAAGUCUUGUACUCUGUUCGGCACGCACAGAUACGCACAUUUCCAUUGAGAUUGACUACAACACUCGUACUCUCCACGGUACGCAGAGAAUUGCAUAUGUCAAGUAAGAUUGAGUGCAUCUCGCACUCUUUACGACACGCACAGAAAUGGCUUGUCAAGCAUUAUUACCUCAAGUUAGCCCUACAAUUUUGCGUAGAAGCUGGAGAAUUCUGCGAUCUUGUGAAACCCAUCUUGUAAUACUGUACUAUAAUUAUAUUUUAAAGGGUAACUAACGGCUAACAGGUCACUUUUUCGGAAUACCGUCUAAAUGCCUCGGGUAACACAUUGAAACAGAUACAAGGUGCUUCGAAUGCCUCUUUGUGCCUUUUUUCGCCGGGAAAACUGUUCUAAAUGCAGCUUCGUGAGUCAUCCGACGUAAACGCUUCGAUUUUGAUCAUGUGACAUUACAUGUCACACGUGUGCUAAUUAGGCAAAGUAAAUAUGGCGGAUAGCACUUCGAGUGAAGGCAGUUCUAUUUCGGGGUCUGAUUGUUCGAAUUUUGAGGCCUCGGUGGAAGGCCAACAUAAUGAAAGGGUUUAUGAAUCUGUUCGUGAAGAACGUAACCUAAAAUAGAGCGCGAGAGUCAGAAGAGGAUCAAGAGCCCGUGCGUCGCGGCUGCCUCAAUCAAGAGAGCGAGAACGGUGAGUGCGUUUACGAUUGUAAAUAAAGUAUCGAAAAAUCAGUCGCUUAUUAAGUGUAGGAGCGAUCAAGUAAAGAAAACCAAAUGUGCAGACUCUUGAAUACCAUGGGAGUGAAAUGUUUUUAUGCUACACGGACGCACCUUCCCAAGCUAGGGUUUCAUUGACUGAAAAUAUAAACAUACAUGCUUGUUGAGGUGAAUUUGGUGGAUUAUACACGUUCACACGCGAUAGAAUCGGUUCGGAGUUUUCCUGUGUUGAAUUUGGCUAACGAUUGAAGAUUUCUCGGCUUUUAUUUUAAAACGAUGCAGCAAAAAAUAGCAUUCGCACAUGUAGAAUUGUAAAUAAAGUAAAUUAGGCUAAAGUUUGAGUUAUCUCUCACGUUUGUGACAGUUACAGAGCUGAUAACUGUUUCUUUUAGUGAAAUCAAUCAUACAAGUUGUAUUCUCUAUUCCUUCUAUUCAACAUCGUGAAAGAAAUUGCUACUUUACUGAUUUUUUCAUUACAAGGUGUCAGUGUAGAAAUUGGCAAUCAAUGUGGAGGGAGGAAGGAAACAUCUUUUGCCAGGAAGUAGAUGUCGUCAAAAAUAAAAAUUUGGAGGAUGUUACCGGCGGUGGAACAGUUGCAGGCAAAAGCCAAAUGUAUUGUCCAGCAUCCAGCGUUUGAGGAAACUGGUGAAGGCUGACUCUGUCUGCAUUUGUUUUGUUACAGAACAUCACUACACAUGCAGCACCUCCCUGGUUUUCGUUUUCUUUGUUUUACAUCCUGUUAUUUUCCGUCCACAUUGUAAAUGUCAACGCGGCUAAGAGCAGUACAGUUUUGGAUAACUUGAGCGUGAACAUAUAUAGAUAUAUAUAUAUACACAUAUAUAUUUUUUUAAGCUUAAGGUCGCAAUUUUAGAAACACUACGUGUUUGUUAUUUCCGUGGCACGAGUUUGUCGCGGACUCGGUUCCUUUUUUUUACCAAAGCACUGCCUUUUAAACGGUGGGUGGGUGGUGGAAGUCCCAUGACAUGUGCUUAAGUAAUUUCCUCUCUCAGGCUGUCGGCUUGUUUUAUUUACGAUAAACGAGCGCGAGCAAUUUACUGUUCACUCAGCUGACAUUGGUACUUUUUUGAAACGAGUAACCUUUCGGACAGGAUUGAUUUGAUCAUGUUUCCGGUAGCAAAUGAGAAACAAUGCUAAAGUGUGGCGCUCAUAACAAGGCGUUUCUUGUAACAUCCAUUUACAGCAUGUUUCUGUUAUUAUUCACUUCCAUUGGAAGUUAAUUACACUUAGGCAUACGAAUGUGCUGUAUAUGCUGCUCAAUGGUAGUUGUAGCCAUUCCUGGAGAACUCUCAGUUAGAGACGUAACGCAUCGAAAGAAAUAAACAAAAAGUUACAACAGUAGGAAGUCUUCCUUUGUGCUGCUCACUAGUCUCAGUUAAAAAAAAUAAAAAUGACAGAUCUUGUAAAUUUCCGGAACGUGGAAGAGGAGUUUUGUUCACGAAACCAGAUGACGACCUCCCAUAAUACGCGACAGCGCUUUAAUUUGCGUUUAGACGCGCCCAGUCAAGAACCAAUGGGCCUGAGGUGAUAUACGCCGGAAAAAAUCUAAUGUCAAAUACUUUUCACAAAAUACUUCUUUUAGUAUAGGACUCGAUGAUGGUUAAGAGGAAAAAAUUGUGGGAACAUAUAUUUUUUUACAGCUUUUUGGAAUGGCGUGCAAAUUGCCUGUGGCUCUGAAUAUAGACAUGCGAUCCGUCGCGUUUCGAUUAUCUAGCCUUCGUUAUUUUAUUUCUUAUUUCGUAUUUCGUAGUCUCUAAACGGUGGCCCAUAACAGAAUGGAACAAAUCUCACUUUUUUCCGCUCGUAAGGUGAGGUGAGGUAUCACACCACGUGACCUGAAUCGGACCGUUUUCAAAAUGGUCGUCAAAUAAGCGUCAAAAAAGAAAAUUUGUUUUUGCAUAAUAUAUCGUUAAUUUGUUCAUUUAGGAUUCUUUAACCUAAGAGGAAUGUAUUGGGACAAAAAAAAAGGAGAAAAAUUUGGCGUCAGUUUUCCUUUAAUAUGCCAGUCCAUUUAAACGCUGCCCGUUCUUUUUGUGUUACGAGCAAAAACUGACGGAAUUUUAUCUCCUUCUAUCUUGUUUCAAGUCCUCCAUGCCGUCGUUAAAGUGUGUAAAGAUGGUAAUUGAACAUAAUUAUGUUGACAUCAGUGUAACCUGAUACCUGAUUAGAAUGUAUUGACCGUGAAUAUGCCUGUGUCUGGGUUGUCAGAUAUUUCCAGAUGUCGCUUUUUGUCGCCAAAUUUUGGAUCUCAAGGUGAAAUGUUCUCAUGUUGGGUGUCCUUGGACGGGAGAACUUCGAGCUGUGCAGGUAAUAUAUCUACGUCAGAUCCACAGAAAGGGCGUUCCCCGUCACUUCAUUUGCAGUUAAUCCCAAAAAUUAAAAAUCUCCUAAACAUUGUAAUUUGUCUCCUAAAUAAUAAGCAAGCGUUGCUCUUAUUCCUGCUACUCUUAAUCAUCAAGAUAAGAUGUUAUACGAAGUAGAUAGGGGUAAUUUGUGGAGCUCAACUCAACAGUUUCUUGCAUAAUACACUCUAGUAACUGUCUGGACUGGACAACGAUGUUGCCAACACAAAAACUGUUUUAGUGUUUGCAAUCUGCGGUGUCAUGGUUGGCAGUUUGCGUGCGGCAUGAUAUCAUUAUUAUCAACAAGUCACACAUCAAUUUCACAUUUCUUUUCUGAGAUCCUAAACCGUCAGUUAACCGAUUGUUUUGCUGUCAAUCAAGUCUCUCUUUCUUUAGCCUAUUGUAUGUCUUAGUAGAUUAGAUCAUGAUUACAUUGCAGUUUAUUAUCGAUAUAUUAUGAUCUAAGGAACAUCAGUUAGAAUGCCUGUUCGAAAUGGUGGAGUGUCCAAAUGAAGGAUGUGAAGAAAAGGUCACCAGGCGAGAUGUAAACAAUCACAAGAUAACGGAAUGUGUCUGGAGGGAAGUUAGUUGCGAGUAUUGUCGAGUAUCAUUUAUCGUGAAAAACAAACAGGUUUGAUAACAAAAAUAUAUUCUUUACAUAGCUUUUGCUUUUCAUCUUAAGUGGUAAAGUGGUGACGACUUUCAAUCUUUAUCAAAUCAAUAUUAUGAUGUGCUCUAGGUAUCUUCUCUUAUUCGAUAUAAAAUUGUUUCACAGAAACAUCGAACAAAAGUUGAGCUUAAAUGUUGGGUUCGAACACUUCAAUCCCUUACGGAUAAAAAUAAGAGUAUUUUACUACAUAAAUUUCGUUAGUACAACAGCCUGUCUUUAUUGGUCAUAAUUUUGGUAAUACGGGGCGAAUUUUGAAAAGUACCUAAGCUAUAAAAACUUAUUUUCGAUUUUCUUCAGCAACAUCAUAACGUCUGUCAAAAGUUUCCGGUUCAAUGUACCAACAAUUGUGGUCUGAGAAAUAUUCCACGAGAAAAGGUAACAUUUAAUAUUGUCAGUGAUUCUCUGUAAUUUUAACGAGAGUUUAAUUAGAAGUUCAUGCACACAGCCCGCAUGGGACAUAGUGCUGCUUUAUGUGAAACAACCAGGCUUAGUCCUGUUUUAUGUGAGCAAUUUGAAGGCGUUCCAUGCGCAAUUGGUCAAAGAACAUGCAACCUUGUUGUGAAUAUUUUCCUGACUUCAGUCAGAGGACAUUAAAGUCGUUAUUUUCUGCCAUGAGUCAGCCUGCCAGAAAUUAAUCUAGGUAGCUCCAUGAUAGGGAAACAAUCCAUAACACCGUAACGAUCCCUUCAAGGAGGUUUGCUCUUUUAAACUUUGUAGGGGAAAUGCCUUAGACUAAAAGGGAACAUUUUAAAAUUCUUUCUCUGAAUUCAGUUUCCUGAUUCAUAAAUUAUGAAGUGUAAAGAAUAAUUUUGAGACGCCGAAUGAUUCGUUUUUGCCAUGCACGAGGGAGGAUUUCUCUGGCUGCUCACUCUAGAUUAAAUCUUCUUCAUCUUUUUGUUUUAGCUCUUGGCUCAUCUUCGUGAUAGAUGUCCUUUAACUGAAAUUGAUUGUAAAUACAAGAACUUAGGAUGCCAAAAUGCGGUAUGAAACAGAUUUCAGUUUAUAUUGAAUUGCAGGUUUGACGGGAAGGUCGUCUGUUUGUAUUGUAUUUACAUAUAAUAAAACGAAUUACAACAGAUUGUCAAAUACAUAUACAUUUUUUCAUUUUGUAGAGUUUAGAAAAUUCCUAAUAACCUGUGCGGUAGUUGAAUUAGGCUGUGUAUUGCUGGAAGGACCAACCAGAUCAAUAAUUGACAAAAAUUGAAUGUUAGGAUUGUUUUAAGAGAGUUUAAUAACCUCGUCGUCUUUUUUUCAGUUUCCAAGAACAAGGACAAAAUCUCACUUAAAAUCACACACGGGAAGCCACUAGAACUUAGCUCUCUGCGGCCUUGAGACCACUCAGAAUCAGGUUAAAGAUCAAUCAAAGCAGAUUGAGCGAUUGACAUCCAUAUUCAAUGAUCAGUCACAGCAGCUGAAUGGUCAGUCACAGCAGAUAGAAAUAUUGAUGGCCAAAAAUAUAGAACAGUCACAGCAGAUAACCAGUUUAACGUCCACUGUGCGGGGUCUGGUGCAGCAGUUAGAACGCCUGACAGGCCAGGCUGUGCUGGUGGACAAAACGACCAACCAAACCAAUGACGAGACAAACAAGAUAGGGGCAACUAGUGUCAAGGUUAAAGAGGGUAAGUUUCUAUAGAAACUGUGGCGCUGCGUCGAUGGGGAUAUAAUGAGAUAACUUGGUUUUAUCAGCUGAGUUGGUGAUGUAAAUUGGUCACCGUAAAGAAUUUCUAAAGCUGGCGUUUUGACCGGCAGCCCUUCGUCAGAGCGAAUAAAGAAAUUUUGGGUUGUGUGUGUUUUAUAUGCAAAUGAAAUGGUAGUCUCACUAAUAAUCAUACUCUCACUUGAAUCUGACACAUUUAUAACCCGCAAGUUUGUAUUUAAUAGGAUUUUUUUGGGGGAGGGGGGGGGGGGGGGGGGGGGGGAGGGGAGACGAGGUUACUGGUUUGUAGUUUUGCUCAUAAGCUAUUACGCAGAACUAAGUCAUUUGAACUCCGAGUAAAACUACUUGGUUAUGUUAGCCUUUGAUGAACUAAAAACAUCAAUGAAGUCGAAUUGAUGUAUUUAGUCGUUUUAAUUAUCUAUUGCUUUUGUUAUAUAUUACAGGUUAUACUAUGAAACAGGGCUUCAAGCCUAAAUCAAUCAAUGAUAUUGAAGUUGGUAUGAAGGUAUUGUUUGGAUUGAAAGGGAAUUAUCGAGGAACAGUCAGGUACGUCGGACCUGUCGGUGCAUUUCAAGAUUGGCUCGGCGUAGAAUAAGAUCCAGGUCAAGGUAAUAUGAAUAUUGAAAUGAACUAAUAACAUUACGUGAGAGUAAUUGCUCAUGGUAAAAUUGAAUAAGCUCGUGAACUUGAAACUUCUAAAAAAGACUGUACAUCGCCUGCUGUAGGUGUAAGGAUCAAGAAUCUUUCGUUCAGAAGAGCUAUUUUAUACGCACUGUCUAGGGAGCUGUCUUAAAGCACUAACAUUGAUAGGCAUCAUGGAAAUAUAUUCUGAAGAUUAUAGAACGAGAGUACUCACUGAAGUUUAUUACCAAAAGAUAAUCCACCCUAAGAUCGAAACGUUAUCCUUUUAUGAUGAAGUUUUGUGGGAAAAUGUUCUCCCAUCAUUCAUUAUAAAACUAAACCUGCAUUUAGAUUAAAACAACUUGCUAGCGUGUUUUUUAGUAGUAAAUGAGGCUCGCGUUUUGUAUUGAUUUUCUCUUACUUUAGAUAACUGAAAGUUUUUUUCUCUUUAUUCAGAGAACUUGUUACCGUGGUUUUCCUUUAGGUACGACGGAACAUAUGACGGAAAAAGAUACUUUAGCUGGUGGGUAAUGUGUCUUCCGCUUAAGAUAGUUUUUGUAACCCAGAAAUUCUUAUUCGAUGUAUAAGCCAUGUGACAUCGAUGGCGUCAAAUAAGCAGGAGAUUAAUUCUUUGACGUUUCCAUUUACACAUACACAUCUGUUUUCGGUUGGUUUCUUUAAAAAUGAUAAAGAAUCUUUUUUGUCUGUUUUAUUAACCCUCAGUGCACCUGGUAGAGGCUACUUCACCGUGCUUGGUGACGUUAUUGAGUGUUACAGAUGACGACACCAGUAAUAUGGUUCCUGUUUCUUUGCUUCCAAUGUGAAAGAAAAUUUAGAACAGUCUCUGUCUACCAUCUUGAGAUGUUCGUCCACUGCUCAAAGAAGAUUUCGUCGACCCAUCACAGCAACUACUCCUUGGUCUACCGUCUGUUUUUAGAUUCAAUAGAAGUUAACAGGCGUGUCUUAAGGCUCGAAGAAUUUCAAAGAUUUUAUAAACAUGUUAUUGAAGUAGAUACUAUAGAUUUUGAAAUAUCCAGAUGUUUCUUCAAGAAAGCAUUGAGUAAACUUUCCCGCUAAUCGAUAAUAUUUUAAUCAUUUUUCUCUUUUCUCAUUUUUUUGUCUUUCAAGUGUCAUGCACGGAUAAUUUUUCUGAUAUUUUUGAAAUUACAAUAGUAAGGUAGAUACUAUAUGUAAACUAAUUGCAAUUUUGGAGAGCUAGGACCGCCACAAACUGGGUAAACUGGGUAAACUGGGGGGGAAUUUUAAUUCUCGGCCUCAACACAUACCUCAGUUGACGAGCGUCACCUUGCUUUACUUUCAGCAUUUCAUGCUGGGACUGAGUUUAUAUCGGCUGCUCAGGACUGAUUACACGACAAGACAUCAAUUAAGUAUUACCGUAUUUCCUCGAAUAGGCGUCCGAGCAGCGUAUUUAACAUGUCGGCAAAAAGGACAGACGAUGGCACUUAAUCGAGGAAAGUGCUUAUUAAGUUUUCCUUUUAACGAAAUGUAACUUUUCUCUUUUGCUAUAUUUUAAAUAGAAAAAAACGUCUACAUCCGCGUAGACGCCAAGUCAGUAUUGAGAUAGCAAUAACUGGAGGCGAAACUAUUCUGCUGUACUGAUUCGGUUGUG